GGCUGUGAGCCUGCGUGGGUCCGGGCGCGGGACGCAGUGCGCCUGCGCGGGGGACGGCGGCGGUGGGUUGUGGGAUACUGCGGCCCGGGCAGGCUGCAGUGGAGCGGGCGGCGGCGCAAUGGCUUCAAGCAGCGGCACCGACGUGAUCCAGGUCACCAACGUCUCGCCCAGCGCCAGCUCCGAGCAGAUGCGGACGCUCUUCGGCUUCCUCGGAAAGAUCGAGGAGCUGCGCCUCUUCCCCCCCGAUGAUUCUCCUUUGCCUGUUUCGUCGCGUGUCUGUUUUGUAAAGUUCCAUGAUCCUGACUCGGCAGUUGUGGCCCAGCAUCUGACAAACACUGUAUUCGUUGACAGAGCGUUGAUAGUCGUACCAUAUGCAGAAGGAGUUAUUCCUGAUGAGACUAAGGCUUUGUCUCUCUUGGCACCAGCUAAUGCUGUGGCAGGUCUGCUGCCUGGAGGUGGACUCCUGCCUACCCCCAACCCACUUUCUCAGAUUGGUGCUGUUCCUUUAGCUGCUUUAGGAGCUCCUGCUCUUGAUCCUGCCCUAGCUGCUCUUGGGCUUCCUGGAGCAAACUUAAACUCUCAGUCUCUUGCAGCAGAUCAGCUACUAAAACUUAUGAGCACAGUGGAUCCAAAGUUGAACCAUGUAGCUGCAGGUCUUGUUUCACCAAGUCUGAAAUCAGAUACCUCCAGUAAAGAAAUAGAAGAAGCUAUGAAAAGAGUACGAGAAGCACAGUCAUUAAUUUCUGCUGCUAUAGAGCCAGACAAAAAAGAUGAAAAACGAAGGCAUUCAAGGUCAAGGUCACGCUCAAGGAGGAGGAGGACACCUUCUUCAUCUAGACACAGACGGUCAAGAAGCAGAUCAAGGAGAAGGUCCCAUUCAAAAUCAAGGAGCAGGAGGCGAUCUAAAAGUCCAAGGCGAAGAAGAUCUCAUUCCAGAGAGAGAAGCAGAAGGUCUAGGAGCACAUCCAAAACCAGGGAUAAAAAGAAGGAAGAAAAAGAAAAGAAACGUUCUAAAACUCCCCCCAAAAGCUACAGCACAACUAGACGAUCAAGAAGCACAAGCAGAGAAAGACGACGUAGAAGAAGCAGGAGUGGAACACGGUCACCUAAAAAACCCAGGUCUCCUAAAAGGAAAAUGUCCCGGUCCCCAUCUCCAAGAAGACAUAAAAAGGAAAAAAAGAAGGAUAAAGACAAGGAGAGAAGUAGAGAUGAGAGGGAGCGGUCAACAAGCAAGAAAAAAAAAAGCAAAGACAAAGAGAAGGAUCGAGACCGAAAAUCCGAGAGUGAUAAAGAUGUGAAACAGGUCACAAGGGAUUAUGACGAAGAAGAACAAGGCUAUGACAGCGAGAAGGAGAAAAAGGAAGAAAAGAAAAUGGCAGAUGCUUCCUCCCCUAAAGGAAAGGAGUCUGCUGCUGAUAAAGGAAGUGGAGAUUCAGCCAGGGAAUCCAAAGUAAAUGGGGAUGAUCAUCAUGAAGAGGACAUGGAUAUGAGUGACUGAAUUUUGCCUUUGCAGUGAACGCAGCUGCAGACGUGCAUCAGUGUCAUUCCUGUGUGAUUCUUUUAUGCUGUACUUGUUAAUCCUAAAUCUAGAUGUAUACAGCUCUAAGCUAUACAUGGUUCGUAGAUCUCCUGAUACUAACUCACAUCAAAAGCUUUGUAGAAAGGUAACCAUUCUUGUUACGGCCGAAAGGGAUUGCGUAGCCAAGCAAUUUUUACUAACUUGGUGAUGCUUCAAGCAAAAGUAAAAAGCUGCAUGCAUCUACAGCAGGCAUGGACUGUUUGUUGUAUGAUCUCUUUUAGUAAAUCAGCUCACUUAUGAUAGUGUUUCUAGAAUUUGAUUCAUUGCAGUAAUAGAGCAGUAUAGGGAAUGCACUGACUGCAUGUUGACUGUGGCAGAAACAUCCUAUAUGUUCUGAAGUCCUACAACAUAUGGUGGAUCUACUUAAGGGUCUUAAGUGUGACUACACAAAAAAAAUUGACAGUACAUCUGAAAAUAGGCAUUCUGAUAUAGAUAGGUUUUGGGGGGUUUGUUUUGUUUUUUUAAGCCAUGUUGCUGGGGUUGAUUUGUUCUUGUUUUGUUUUUCCCGGUGGUUUUUGUUCAGCUUUGACGAAGUUAAAAUGCACUAACUUUUUUGAGGGCUUUUUUAAUCUGUCAGUUCAAAUCCAUCUCAGGUGAGUUGUGAUCGUUCUUAACUUUUCUUCUUGAGCCUUGGGAAGUUAAAAUCUCUGCUUGAUCAGUGCCCAGUGAUUAAAGGUUGAUUUGUGCAGUUUUCAUAAUCCAGGUCGUUUUAUUUGAUAAUGAGCUCAACACAUUGCAAAAAGGUAGUGCAUUUUAAAAUUGACCUUCAUAUGCUUUUAAAAGCAAGUCUACUUGAUAAUGUACUUUUUACUUGAUCUCAAGUUGUAUAAACUAAUAAAUUUGUGUUUACUGUCACUGCAGUAGUAAUCUUAUGCACACAGUGAUUCCAUGUUAUAUGCAACGUAGUUAGGCAAGCUCUUUCUUUAGUUACAGAAGUUCCAGAGCUUUUACUUUUGUGCAGGUAAAAAGACAAAAGUAGGCUACAGUCUGUGCCAUGUUGAUGUACAGUUUCUGAAAUUGUUUUACAAAACUUUGAUAAUAAAACCCUUAAAACUUAUACUCACGUUCCUAUAAAACUCUGCUGGUAUUUAUUUACACCACUGAAUGUAGGAGACUUUGUCAUUCAUUUAGAGUAUACAUUUUCCUUCAUCUGUCUAUUUUAAAAAGACCGUAACAACUCCAUCUCUUCAAGAACUGUAAGCGCAGUGAUGGAGCUGAUAAGCCUGCCAUUUUAGCUGUAGUGAAGUAUGUUACACUAAAGAAAGAAUUAUUUUACUUUUGGGGGGAAUGAAGGGAAUGGGUUUAAAUAGGAAUCUAGAGGUAUUAUGGGACAAGUACUUCUAAAAAGAAAUACAUAUUUGUAAAAAAUUUUUUGUAUUUUUGUUGAAAUAGGAACAUUCACCUCUUCAGGAUGGUAAUGGAAGACUAGCAGCAACAGGAAGUAGUGAGCGCUUUGUGCAUAGGAAGUAGGCUGUUAAUGUCAACUAAAAAUUUACUGGUUUAAAUUCGUAAGUUUUGGAAUGAAACUGUAAGCGGUGCUUGAACUUCUUGAAUCUGAUGCGUCAAACCACCUUCUUUUUAAACUGUCCUUUUGCCCAGGCAAAGUGGAACUUGCCAUUUAGAUAUGCAGUGUCAUUUUUAGAAUUUGUAGAAAUGUAAAUUUUUACCAACUGUUUUGAAUAUUUUGUCAAUACAGAGAGGUAUAUGUCAUACAACCAGUUCUAGGCUUUUAUUUCUAGCAAGAGAGAGUGAUAGUUCUUGUAAUAAAAUAAAAAUGGACACGGACAAGGUGCACGAUGUCUUCAUAGAUGUGCCUUUUUUGUUGUCAUCAAGAUAUUUAUAUGUGAAGUACAAAAACAUAAACUGAUUUAUAGUAAUAAAGUAAACCUCUUCGAUCCUUA